ACCCUAUCCGUCAUUGGCAUCACGGUCGAUUAUCGUCGCCGGUAACGGAUUCUCUGUUCCGUGUUCCUCAGGUAUCCUCUCUGCUCGAUCACUCCAGCAAUCUCUCACAAUUACUCCGAUGGGUUCUUCCUGAGUGCCAGUGACGUCGUUCUUUCAAUUUGUCCAAUAGUUUUCUUUAUCGCAUCGUCGGUGGUUGAUUUUGCGGGGGGUUUACAAAUUUUGUGUCUGGCAUAAGUGUGGAGGUAACAGCAAGUGAAUUUAUAGUUUGGGUGAAAUUAACAGAACAGAGUCCUUGACGGGGUGCCCGUCGUCGGAAUCCAUAUACGAUCACAAACUCUCUCUUGAAAUGCUCGUGAGCUUCAAGAUAAGUCGCUUUGUUUGAGUACAAUUUUGAGAAAUUGUGAUCCAUGGCAGCUUCUUCACCGGCCCUAGGGAACAACUCCAUCGGCGCGCCGCCCAAGACCCUUCGGGGUCUCAACAAGCCCAAGUGUAGUCAGUGCGGCAAUGUUGCUCGCUCCAGGUGCCCAUUUCACUGUUGCAAGAGUUGCUGCUCCAAACUAGAAAAUCCAUGUCCUAUUCACGUUUUGAAAGCCAAUGCAACAUUUACUGACAAAACGCCAACUUCAAGCAGUCCUUUGUUUGAGCAGCCAUCAACUGAAGCAUCGUCUGCAGGGAAUGCACUUAGAGUUGCAUCACUUCGACAACUUUCCAGCAAUUUUGCCCAAUUUAACAAUUUGCAAGUUCCGCUUCGUUCAAGGAAGCCAUUGACUAAAAAGGAUGCUGCAGCUAUAAAUGAGUGGAGAUUCGCCAAGAUAAAGGAGUACAAGGACAGGAACAUUGAAAUUGAAAAUGAAGCUUUUGACCGGUACAUGCAGAAUAUUAGUAUGCUGGAGGAGGUAUUUUCAGUUGAACCAAUGUUAGAAGGGUCUCCUGAGGAUGGAUCCCCUUUACUUGACACUUCUGCCACUGAACAUGAAGUUGAGAAGAAGUAUUUAGGGCAGAAGUCGGAACUGAGAUCAAGUACAAUGAGAAGCGACAAGUUAAGGAGGAGGAUUCAACAAAUUGUUAAUCAAGGGUUAAGGAAGCUUCAGGAAUGUGAGAUGAAUGAGGAAGUUGACGACACAAACAACAAAAAUGAACAUGAUAGAAAACCAAAAAAGAUGAAAAGUUGGCGUGCGGAGAGGUUUACUGCCUUAAGUGAGCUCCUAGACAAGCUAGACAAAGCCCGAAGUAAUGAGGAUCUUAAGGCUUGCUUGGAGAUGAAAUCCCAACUCCCUGAUCUGCUUGCAAAGUCCAUGGAAACAGAAACCAAGGAGGAUGCUGAGGUUCCGAAGAAUGACUCUGGCAAAACUGGUUGGUCACCUAGGAUAGAGGGAAAACUGUUCAGAGCAAUAGAAAUUGAUCAGGAAACCCUUAACAGUGUCAAUCGGCACUUCUCUUCCCUGGAGGAGAUAGAAGAUUUGUAAACUAUGGUUAUAACUACAUGUUAAGCAGGGAAUUAAAUUGUAAACUUUUUUUUUUUUUUGGUAUUUUUCAAGAAAAAUGUCACUCAUCUGUCAGUGUUUGCACCUGGUAUCUAGCCACUGCACUGAUGUUUGAAGUAUCAAAACGAUUGAGUGAUUCUGGGUUUC